GUAAUCCCCACUUACGAGCUGAUGGUGAUGAUCGAGGGCUCAGCCUUGAGACUCCCGCCUGCUUCAUCCAGUUCUCAAUUGGUGUCACUUUGCUCCUGCGUUGGACUUCGUUUAUUCGUACACUUGCAACAUUAUCGAUUGAUGAUCUGGUAGCCCAAAUUUGCCCGGCAGACCCAGGCCCGCGACGUGGAACCUUGAAGCGCUUUCGGGGUCAGCGCGCUUACGCAGCUCCCGAGAGGCAAGAUGCCUGCGAAGUCGAGGUUUACGAGGCUAGACGCCUUCACAAAGACAGUAGAAGAUGCGAGAAUCAGGACAACAUCCGGUGGCAUUGUCACGAUAGUGUCGCUGAUCGUCGUUCUCUUUCUCUCAUGGGGAGAAUGGGCCGAUUACCGGAGAGUAGUCGUACAUCCAGAGCUGGUCGUGGACAAAGCGAGAGGCGAGCGGAUGGAGAUCCAUCUCAACAUAACGUUUCCCCGGGUGCCCUGCGAGCUACUCACCCUCGAUGUCAUGGAUGUCUCGGGAGAGCAGCAACACGGCGUUCAGCACGGUGUGACAAAGACUAGGCUGCGGCCGGUGAGCGAAGGUGGUGGCGACAUUGACAGCAAGGCGUUGGCCCUACAUGCGGCAGAGGAGGCGGCCUCUCAUCUUGACCCAUCAUACUGCGGGCCUUGCUACGGCGCCAACCCGCCAACUACUGCCCAGAAGCCUGGAUGCUGCAACACUUGCGACGAGGUCAGGGAUGCAUACGCGCAGCAGGCAUGGGCCUUCGGUAGGGGUGAAGGCAUCGAGCAGUGCGAGCGGGAACACUACGGCCAGCGGCUCGACGAGCAAAGGAAGGAAGGCUGCCGCAUCGAGGGAGGACUGCGCGUGAACAAGGUCAUUGGCAACUUUCACAUUGCCCCUGGCAGAAGCUUCAGCAACGGCAACAUGCACGUGCACGACCUGAAGAACUACUGGGACACGCCCGUCAAGCACACCUUUACCCAUACGAUUCACCAUUUACGGUUCGGCCCGCAGCUGCCUGAGAGCCUGCACAGUAAGCUGGGCAACAAGAACUUGCCGUGGACCAACCACCACCUGAACCCGCUGGACGACACACACCAAGAGACGGACGACGUCAAUUACAACUACAUGUACUUCAUCAAGAUUGUCCCAACCUCGUAUCUCCCCCUUGGCUGGGAGAAGUCGUGGGCCGGUUUUAGGGAGGAGCACCAUGCCGAGCUCGGCUCGUUCGGAGCCCUGUCCGACGGCAGCCUCGAGACACACCAGUACUCAGUGACGAGCCACAAGCGGUCUCUCGCCGGUGGAGACGACAGUGCGGAGGGCCACAAGGAGCGCCUGCACUCCAAGGGUGGCAUCCCGGGCGUCUUCUUUUCUUAUGAUAUUUCUCCUAUGAGAGUUAUCAAUAGGGAGGAAAGAGCCAAGUCGUUCCUGGGAUUCGUGGCUGGCCUAUGUGCCAUCAUUGGUGGCACCCUGACUGUUGCGGCGGCGGUUGACCGGGCCCUGUUCGAGGGCAGCGCCAGGCUCAAGAAGCUGAGAUCAAAGGAGCUCUGAGGGGAUGAAUAUUCACCAGGUGGGGUUUUGGCAGUCACACGAAUCCUGUGCUUUCUUCGGUGUUUCUAUUAUCUGCUAUCGCUGUGCGGGUGUCUUGAUUUUGGCCAAGUUCUUUCCGGCCACUUGUAUAUAGUUAUAGUGUCUUGGAUGCAUAGGAGAGGAGUUAACGGCUAGUUGGGAAAAUGGACAUUGUAUCCUUUCUGCUUUCCGUACAGAGUGCAAGGCCGUGGCCAAGGACCGGCCGCUACACCAAGUGUGCUAGCUGUGGACUUGGUACUUCGU